UGGGGCAGAGGGGCGGGGGUUGGGAAGAUGGCGGCUCCCAGCCUCCUCAACUGGAGGCGGGUUUCUUCCUUCACGGGGCCGGUCCCCCGCGCCCGACACGGACACCGGGCCGUGGCCAUCCGGGAGUUGAUGAUCAUCUUCGGAGGGGGCAACGAAGGCAUCGCGGACGAGCUGCACGUCUACAACACCGUUACAAAUCAGUGGUUCCUGCCAGCUGUUAGAGGAGACAUCCCUCCAGGCUGUGCUGCCCAUGGAUUUGUCUGUGAUGGUACCAGAAUAUUGGUAUUUGGGGGAAUGGUUGAGUAUGGAAGAUACAGCAAUGAACUGUAUGAGUUACAAGCAAGUCGUUGGUUAUGGAAAAAAGUGAAGCCCCAUCCCCCUUCUUCUGGGUUGCCUCCUUGUCCUAGGCUUGGACAUAGCUUCUCUUUAUAUGGGAACAAAUGCUAUCUGUUUGGUGGCUUGGCAAAUGAAAGUGAAGAUUCAAACAAUAAUGUUCCUAGAUAUUUAAAUGAUUUCUAUGAGUUGGAGCUGCAGCAUGGCUCCGGUGUUGUGGGUUGGAGUAUUCCAGUGACUAAAGGAGUUGUGCCUUCUCCAAGAGAAUCCCAUACAGCAGUUGUAUAUUGCAAGAAAGAUAGUGGAAGCCCGAAAAUGUAUGUUUUUGGAGGAAUGUGUGGUGCUCGCCUGGAUGACUUGUGGCAACUUGACUUAGAAACAAUGUCUUGGUCAAAACCAGAAACUAAAGGGACAGUGCCACUUCCACGAAGCCUUCAUACAGCCAGUGUUAUAGGAAACAAGAUGUACAUUUUUGGUGGAUGGGUUCCACAUAAGGGGGAAAAUAUUGAGACUUCGUCUCAUGAUUGUGAAUGGAGAUGUACCAGUUCAUUUUCUUACCUAAAUCUAGAUACAGCAGAGUGGACAACCCUUGUAUCUGAUUCUCAGGAAGAUAAAAAAAAUUCACGACCAAGACCAAGAGCUGGACAUUGUGCUGUUGCAAUUGGCACUCGAUUGUAUUUCUGGAGUGGAAGAGAUGGUUAUAAAAAAGCACUGAAUAGUCAAGUUUGCUGCAAAGACCUUUGGUAUCUUGAUACUGAAAAACCGUCAGCACCAUCGCAAGUGCAGUUGAUCAAAGCUACCACAAACUCUUUCCAUGUCAAGUGGGAUGAAGUGCCGACAGUUGAGGGCUAUCUUUUGCAACUGAACACAGACUUGCCAUGCCAAGCUCCAUCAUUAGAUUCUUCAGCAGCACUGACUAUGCCGGGAGUCAGGAAGGAUCCUCACAGACAAGGCCCUAAUAGCAUCAUUCCUAACAAUAUCAGUGAUACAGCAAACAGUACAAAGACUGAAUAUACAACCAUAAAAGGAAUUUUAGUGAAAAACAAAGCAGACUUCAAAACAUCAACAGAUUCCAAUGCUUCCUUGUGUUCAUCUCUGGCAUCCAGUGCUUCUAGCCAUAACAGCAUGGAAGAAAUGACAAGGAAAAAUGAAGGUCCUCACACUUCAGCAAACAUAGGUGCAUUAAGUAGCUGCCUGAACUUAAGAACAGUAGUCUCUGAAACUUCUAUGUCCAGUACUGUUUCCAGCACACAAACUAUGGUAACCCAGCAGUCCAUUAAAACUGAAUCCUGCAAUACAAACGGGGCAGUGGUUAAAGAUGAAGCCUCACUACCAACACUCCGCACCAAAGCUGAAGUUGAUGAAACAUGUGCUUUGCCUGCAAGUAAGAUCAGCCGUGUUGAGACACAUGGUGCAGCAAUGCCAUUCUCUAAAGAGAUUCCUUCACAUCCAGUCGCCACAGCAAAAGCAGGAGAACGACAAUGGUGUGAUGUGGGAAUUUUUAAAAAUAAUACAGCUUUGGUGAAUCAGUUUUACUUGCUGCCAAAAGGGAAGCAAAGCAUCUCAAAGGCAGGAAAUGCAGAUGUACCUGACUACAGUUUGCUUAAGAAACAAGAUCUUGUUCCAGGCACAGGAUACAGAUUCCGGGUUGCUGCAAUUAAUGGUUGUGGAAUAGGCCCUUUCAGCAAAAUUAGUGAAUUUAAAACUUGUAUUCCUGGUUUUCCUGGAGCUCCUUCUGCAGUUAGAAUUUCGAAGAACGUUGAAGGUAUCCAUCUUUCCUGGGAACCUCCAACUUCACCUUCUGGAAAUAUUCUGGAAUAUUCAGCCUACUUGGCUAUUCGCACAGCACAGAUACAAGAUAAUCCAAGCCAGCUUGUGUUUAUGAGGAUUUAUUGUGGUCUUAAAACAUCAUGUAUAGUAACUACUGGGCAGCUUGCAAAUGCACAUAUUGAUUAUACAUCCAGGCCUGCCAUUGUGUUCAGGAUAUCAGCAAAGAAUGAAAAGGGAUAUGGACCAGCUACACAAGUUCGAUGGCUUCAAGGUAACAAUAAGAAAGCACCUUUAAAUUGAUUUUGUUUUUUACUGAAACUGUUGUCAUAAUGAUUAUUUAUUAGUAACUGGUUAUGAAGAUUGUCAUUUAAGAGUGUUCUCUGACUGUAUUUCUAGCAGUUAAAAAUCUGAGUUUGUAAGUUGUUAUUAAAAUGUAUUUGCUUAAUUCUACAUACAAAUAAAAUAGAAAAGAAGCAAAGACUCUGAAAAUUAGUACAUGAGUUCCUCCUUAACAGAUACAGCUCUUUUAUAAAGAAAAGCAAAAUUAAGAUAAAAGCUAGAAGGCUUUGUUAUCCCAGUAUUGUUUAUAAAGGCUGUGUAACUCAGUCAUCCGGGAGGUGCUGAGAUGAUUGCAGUAACUAGCUCUUAUACACUAUGCUGUCAUAAAUAGUGUGUUCCACAUUACAAUUGCCCUGUCUUUGAGUGUGCCCUCUGGCUUUAUUUUAUAGGAGCAAUGGUCCUCUAGCAACUAGCUUUUAUUGGAGAUACUUAUGAUAGUUCUUUCAGUAGCUAUUGGUUUCCUUUCUUUAUGUACAGUUGCAACAGAGCUUGAGAAAUUAUAAAAGGAGAAAAAGCAAGGUCAGAAAUUACUUUUGAAUUUUACCAUUUUUCCAAGAAUCAUGGUAAAAUAUUUUUUAAAAAUGGGUUUUCUUGAUUUGUACUAAGUAGCUAUAUUGAGUAAAUUUUUAGUUAAAUCACUUAAUUUAUCUCUCCAUUUUCUCAUUAAUAUAUGUGAAAGUUAAAAGAGUUUACCUUGAAGGUUCCUUUCAGCACUAAAAUAUUAUAUUUUCAUCAGAAGUGAAGUGAAGCCCUAAACAUUCUCAUCUGUCUUACUGGCACUAACUUUGCUCUUUACUGAAAUUUAAAACUUCAUAAUUGAAAAUUAAAAAUUAGAUGUUCUCCUAUUACAGGAAGAAGCACCUUAACAAGAAACAAGUUUUGAAAUAGUGUUCGAAACAUUUGUAAGAUUUUUGUAAAUGCUCUAAAUGUUUUAUUUUUGCAUUGUUUUUAUCUCAAAAUUGUAUAAAACUUUUUUACAAUGGAAAUAGAAGCAUUAGACAGCUCACUCGGGUCCCGUUGCAACCUUCAAGAUGCAGACGGACCUCAUGAGCACUGCUGCAGGUGGCUUGCCUAAACCUGCUGGGAUGUCGUGGUUCCUCUGCCUGUUGAGAUCGGGAUGAACAUGGAAGCAAUAAUGGCAGACAGGAGGUUUCAGAUUAAGAUCUGCAAUUGACUGCAGGGCCAAAGGUCUGUCUGUUUAUAUCACAUAACCUUCUGCCAGUUUAGGCUGACCGAGUAGCUGUGUCCUCAAAUUUUAUGUAUAACACUCCCAGCAAAGAUGAUCUAAUUGUGCAGAAUUGAUAUAUAUGUGUGUUCCAGUUACUAAUUUAAAAUGUAUAGAGUAUUUUAAUAUAUAAUUUUUGUAAAGAAUGGGGUUUUUAUACAGCAGUAUUUGUAAUUAAUGUGUCUCACUAAAUUUCUCUUGAAAAAAUAUGCAAACUGUUAGACAUACAGUGAGUGGUUUCUGAACUCUAAAGAUAAAAUAAAUGCACUACUAUGGUGUUAUUAGUACUCUUUUGUGGCUGUAUGACUCUUUAAUCUUGAAAAAUGUGUAUUUUACAAAUAAUGUUUACAAGGAGCUUCUCUGGUUGGUUAUUUUGGCAACUUCCUUGGUGAGAGCUUCAUCUGCAUUUUUAACUCAUAUGCUUUGCUUUUGGCAUAUGCUUGCUUUUUGCACUAGUAGAAUAUUAACUUACCUCAUUAUUAUGUUUGUAAUCAUUUGUAUAGCUUCCAUCAUGUGUCUGAUAUAGGCUAAAAAGACUUAACCAAAGUUAAAAUUAAAAUAAAUGGUAAGCAAUUUUGCACAUAUUAAAUGCUAGGGUUUGUUGUGUGUGUGUGUGUGUAUAUAUACCUAGUUAUAAAAAGAAAAGAAUUGAAAGUUAUAAGUGUGUUUCAAGCCCAAUUAUUUUAAUGAUCUAGUUGUUUUAUUAGAACAAUUCUCUUAACUCGUACUCCUCAGUAAUUAAUCAGUUUUAUCGUAAAGCACUUCUCUUAAUGACAAACGAAUAAGUUACCUUUAAGCAAAAAAAAAAAAAGGGCUAUUUCUUUUGAGUGUGCACAUUUAUACCUGUUAGUAUUUGACUUAGUUUACUUUGCUUAAAGCCUUUCCUGCUCUCGACCAGCAGAUGAAUAUGAAUCUGUCAUUCUAACGUACAGCUUGUUUUUAGAGGAAAAGGCAGCUUUUCUAAACCGACGAGUGUGUUAAACUAAUGAUGCUUUGACUUUGAGGAUUAGCCCAGAUUGUUGUUGUUAUUAUUAUCAUUAUUAUUAUUAUUUGGGCAUUUGUACAUUAAGUACCAAUCUUUCUCAUAAAUAAUCAUGAGCAAUUAAAAGAUAUUUAUCUGCUGCUAAUUAAAACAUGCCAUUUAGAAAUAUCUGUGGUUUUGAUAUUAAUAGUUAAUAUAAAGAGAUAUUAGAGCUCUAUGUUCAUGAGAAUGGACUAGAAUGGACUAGGUAACUAAUGAGAAAAUUACAUUUUGCUUCUUAUGAUUGCACAUUUUCUGAGUGAAGAUCAUUUUGUAAAGCAGUAGACUAUAUCAUGCAGAAAUUUUUCCUAAGCCAUACCUUGAGUUAAGUUAGUUUCUUAACUUCCCAGUUGGGUAAGCAAUUUAAUAGAACAAACUUGUGCCACAGUCCUUUUCUUGCACUCUGUUCUUUUAUUUCAUAUUAGUACUGAAAUAUUUUAAUGUUGCAUGCUCUCAGAAUUUUAUUUUUAAAAUAUUGGCUUCGUUUUAGUUCAGUAAACUGUUUUGGCAAUUAGAAAUAAAAUAUAUAUAAAUUCAUUUAUAUCUACAGGUUUUUAAAAAUUUGAAAUAAUAUGAUUGUAUGUAUGAAGCAUUCAUGCCUCAUGACCCAAUUACAUAAAGGUAAUCAUCUGUAGGAAGGUGAAACUUGUUCUGUUACUUCAAAUACUUACAGACUAGCAGAGAUUUGUUCUGAUUAGAUUUAUGCAUUUUAGUGACUAAAGAUAUUUUUGAAAUUUAGUAUUUGUAGCAUAAAGAACAUUUGUAACAUUGAAUAUGAAAUUAUUAGUAUUGAAAAUUAUUUCAGCCAUCUGAUGAUAACUGAAGCAGAUGAAAAAUUGGCUUGCUCUUCGACCAUUUAAAGUGUAGCUGAGUGUUGUUUCCCAAGACUGACUUUCAGGCAGUUUUAUGUGAUAUGUACCAAUGACAUAUAAAAUAAAGCAAUUACAGAUGUUAUUUAUUUUGAGUUUCACUAAAGAAAAAGUAGUUAUGGCAAAGAAAACAAGUGAAAGUGUUAAUUUCAUCAUAUUAAUUUAAAUUAGUAUGGACUAUCCCCUAAGAAUGGAUUGUGUCUGAAAAUUUGUUAUUGGAUUAUGGUUGAGAAUUACAUAGAAAUGGAAGGCCUGAUUCUUGUUAUAGCUAAAUUAACAUGCUUGCAGGUAAAAGGCAGCUGGCUCCAAGAACAGUCUAGACUUGUCACCUGUCUUUUGUCUUCCAUUUACUCUUAAACCUCAUUUGGCUUUUCACCCUUUUUGAGUUCUUAGCAGCCAAGGCUUCUGACUGACUUUUCCGUUGAAAUGGCUCUACCAGAAGUCGGGGGUAACUUCCCAUUUUCCAAAUCCAGGGAAUUUUUUCAUCAAACAUAAUCAUGCCAUUUGAAAUUUCUAUCCAUUCCUUGGGUACUUCAUUUUGUAGUGUCUGUCGUGCUUACACUCUUUCUUAAUGUUCCUCUUCCUGCCUACCUCUCCCACUUCCACUUGCCACCAUUCAUUUUUUUUUAAAUUCAACUUGGUAAAGCCUUUCCUAACAUACUCUAUUUUCAGGUAGAUUUCACCCCUUUGUUUUGUACCUCCAGGUGUCCUUUGUGAAAACUUCUGUCAGAACAGUCUAAACAUGUGCCCUUCUGUUACUGUGUCUCUCUAAGCAGGGAGUCUCAAUGCCCAGAAGGAUCCUUUUUUUUUU